UCGGGUUCUUAUUAAUAAUGGAUAAUUUGCCGGCAAUCAGGCUUCACCCAAUCGUCAUUCGUCGACGAUAAUCAGCUACUCCAGUAGAAAUAAGUCGGCAAAUGCGCUGGGAUUUCCUUUGUCCAUUUUCAAUCUCUCUCAACUCUCAACCUUCAAACCGAAAACGAAAGCAAGAACUCAUUUGUGUCCCUUCUUAGUGGCUCUAAUAUUCUAGGAUUCUUGCUUUGGAUCCUCAUGAACUUUGUCAUUUCCCAUGUUUUCUGUCACAUAAAAGCUCGAUUUCUCCGACUCGGUCACUACUAGCAGGGCAAAGCUUUGUGGGUUGUGUGGGAACAUACAACCAUGUCCCAUCUUCAGCUCGGUAUUCCCAAUUCGCCGCUGUUCUUGAAAACCAAUCCCCAAAAAUCCUUUCUCCUACAUUAUUCGAUCUCCUACUGUCCUAAGGUUCCUUCAUUUCUACACCCCCCUACUGGAAAAAUCGUUCCUUUGAGGAACUCAAGGCCUUCCCAUUCCAAAAUUACUUGUUCUGCUCUAUAUGGAGUCAAUGGAGAUCUUCACAAGCGGUGUGCAGAUCUUGCGGUGAAGGAGAAAAGUGUUUCGGUGAUUCUUCUUGCUGGAGGGAUGGGGAAAAGAAUGGGUGUGAGCAUGCCGAAGCAGUAUCUUCCACUUCUAGGCCAGCCAAUUGCAUUGUACAGUUUCUACACCUUCUCUAAGUUGCCUCAAGUGAAAGAAAUUGUGGUAGUAUGUGAUCCGUUUUAUAAUGACGUUUUUGAAGAUGCAGGAAAAAAAAUCCACAUCGAAUUGAAAUUUGCAUUGCCUGGAAAGGAGAGGCAAGAUUCUGUAUACAAUGGUUUUCAGGUAGUUGAUUUGAGUUCUGAACUCAUUUGCAUCCAUGACGCUGCGAGACCUCUAGUAUUGGCAGGAGAUGUAGAAAAGGUCUUAAAGGAUGGUUGGCUUGUUGGAGCAGCAGUUCUUGGGGUUCCUGCUAAAUCAACAAUUAAAGAGGCAAAUAAUGAAUCAUUUGUUGUGAGAACUCUUAACCGGAAAACCCUCUGGGAAAUGCAAACUCCACAGGUAAUCAAGCCCGAGUUGCUUAAGAAGGGGUUUGAGCUUAUUAAUAGGGAAGGUCUUGAAGUGACAGAUGAUGUAUCUAUUGUGGAGCUCCUUAAACAUCCAGUCUACAUUACUGAAGGCUCUUACACUAACAUCAAGGUUACAACACCUGAUGAUAUGCUGCUAGCUGAGAGAAUAUUGAACGGGCGCUUCAAUUAUGCAUAAUAAUUAAAUUGAAAUUGAAUUGAAUUGAUCCCAUAUUUUGUAUCCAUCCAUCCAUGUACAGUGAGUGAGAAUUUUGUAAUGACAUUUAGAUCAACCUGGAACAGGUUGAGUGGGCUGCCUAUACCCAUUCUUCAAGAUUGCAGAGUGUUCACAUUAUCACUAGGUGUGAGAUCAUGGACUAGGAGAAUGUAAUGAACCUUAACUUGUUAUUUUGAAGGAUUAAAGCAAUCUUUAUCUCUAAUGAAAUGAAUGGCCAGUU